GAGACUCCCAGCAAAACACCCACCGUAAACACAAGAGAGACCUGUCACAGAUGGGAAUAUGGACUUGUAUUAGUCAUUUACAUCGGGAAAACUUGCUGAAUUGGAGUAACAGUGUUGUCUUCUGAGACAUGGGGACAAAUAACCAAGAUGUGGCAUGUUAUUUGGUUACAAAGCACUCGGCAUGGAAGGGCAAGUACAAACGCAUUUUUAGCGUUGGCAAUGCAGGGAUUACCACCUAUAACCCUGGUAGCAUGGAAGUCACCAACCAGUGGUAUUACCAUGACUUUAUCAACAUAACACCAGCCUUGAAGGGCGUGGGUCAGGUCCCAAAUGAAUUCAUUAUAACUAUGAGGAAGGGCAAGAAAGUGGAUAACAUGCGCUUCUCGUCAGAACAUCGAACAGAUAUAAUAUCAGAAGCCUUGAUAUUCAGACACAGCUUUGCAGAGGGAAUUGUAGAUAACUUGCGAGCCAAUGCCCAGAAGGUCCACUGGUCAGAUGCGAGACAUCCUGUCGUUCUGGAGGUCACUCCCUGCUCUGUUGAACAGCUUGAUGCUACAACCGGUGCUCCUCUUGCAUCCUAUAUGUUCAAGGAUAUAGAGGCCCUUGUACCAGUAACAGGCCUUCCUGGAGGGUUGUGCAUUCAGUGUGGAGGAUUUGGUAGGUUACACAUCUUCUCAACAGACCGUCGAGAUGAAAUUCUAAAGAAAGUUGAAGAUAAUGCAAAGAAAUAUAUUGGUAUUAGUAUAAAUGCCAAGAAAGUGUGUAUCACUUUACAGCAGGCACAAGAGCUCAGAGUUGGUAAAUACAGUGGGGACGAACACAUCACAUCUCUCUGUGAAUUCACAGUCCAUAAAGUGAGCCGCCGUCACAAUGACCCAGUAAGAAGAACGCUUUGUAUUAGUGAAUCCUGUUUGUUAGAACGUGACCCUAAUUCCUAUGCCAUUGUCACCCUGAAACCACUAUCGGAUAUAUUUGCUCUAGUCCGCCACCAAGAAAAUCCACAAAUGCUCACAAUAGAAUAUGUAAGAGGAGGCAACAGGGUUUAUACAUCAUCUGACCGUGAUGCCUUAUUAGCGUCACUGAUUGACGGUGUCAGAGCCUCUGGCAACCUAGAUGUUCAUGUCCGAAUGACACCAACUCCAAGAGGGAAGAGGCUUGGUCCUCUCGAAGUUCCUGUAGAUGAGGAAGUAGAAUCCAUGCACCUCAAGUUUAUUCAGCAGCCUCCUCCUGGUUGGACUUUUGCUGAAGCAGUAGAAAGAUUUAAUGUAAAUGUUUCUUAUUCUGGGCUGCUACAUGCUGUAACUGCUGAGGGUUUAUUCGCUGAAAAUAAAGAAAAAUUAAUAACUGGUGCCUUAGGGGCACUAGUGCUCCGAGAAGGAGAUCAAGCAACAUUACCAGCUGAAGAAGUUGAGGCUCAGUUCCAUGCCCUGCGAAGAUUAGUUGCAUCGAAAGCAGGUUUUGCUUCUCUAACAUCACUCCCUAGGUUCCGAGAAAAAGUGGGCUGGAAAGUAGUGAAGGCACUGCAGAGAAAUAAUGAUGGAAUUAAUCAUGCAGCACUUGACAUGUUGUGUGCACUCAUGCAGCCCAUGCAUGACAAUCCUGAUCUGAAGCAUUGAAUUGGCAAAGCUUCUCUCCUAGCUUCACCAACAUUUCAAGAGAAACUAUUGGAAAAUUGGGUCCAUCAUGUGUCCCAUGGAACUGGUGCACUUGUUGUUUUGGCGAUGUUGGACUUUUUAACUUUUGCUCUCUGCGCCCCAUAUAGUGAGACAACUGACGGCGCCCACUUUGAUCGUUUGUUAGAAAUGGUGGCAGAUAAUGGGAGGUCACUCUACAGGCUCUUCCAGCAUCCAUCUCUAGCCAUUGUGAAAGGUGCAGGAUUGGUAAUGAAGGCUGUUAUAGAAGAAGGUGAAGGUGACAUUCCAGCUCGUAUGCAACUCUUAGCAUUAACAGAAGGAGCUCUGCCUAGACAUCUGUACACUGCACUCUUCACUCAGACAUCAGACGGCAGACUCCUCACUCAUCGUCAGCUUUCACGCCACCUUGUUUCUUUGUGGGCAGCAGAAAACCCAUCUGCAGUUGAUCUUUUAGGACGAACAGUGCCACCAGGUCUUUUAGCCUUCUUGGAGAGCAAGGAAACUGUGCCAUUAGACGACAUUGAUCGUUUGAACACAAGGGAUAACCUGAAGAUUGCAGAAGAUGAUGAGGAAAGAAAUAAGAAAAACCAGGUUUUAGAAACUUUGGACAGAGCGUAUAAGACCUCUGUCAAAAAAGUAGAAAGUUUGGUGGAAAAGCACAUGGAUAAGAUAGAGACGGUGGAAAAAUGUUUACAAACAGGAGCAAAACAAAUGGAGGCUUACUACGAAGCGUACCUCGAGAAACAUGUAGAUUUUGCCUUACAACAUUGGCGUUCUCGAAUGAAGAAGGAAAAGUCAGUUGAGGAGAAAUUCAGAGAGCGACCACUAGUGCUACGCAAAAGAAGAGAAAAGUUAAAGGCAACAGCAAAUUGGCCUUUGUUCUAUUACAAAUUCAACAGGGACCAUGCUCUUCCUAAUUUGAUUUGGAAUUAUAAAACACGAGAGGAACUGCGUGUAGCCUUGGAAGCAGAAAUGCGUGCCUUUAAUGAGGAUCGUGACGUGCGAGGAAACAUGGUUAUUGCAUGGAACCACCUGGAGUUUGAAGUUAGCUACCCAUCACUGAAAGAUGAGAUUAAGAUUGGAGACUAUUAUCUGAGAAUCUUACUGGAGCAGGAAAAUAGCACUUCACCUGAGGAUUCUCCCAUAAGAAGAUCAUACGAGUUCUUCAAUGACCUGUACCAUCGCUUUCUGUUAACACCAAAAGUGACUAUGAAGUGCCUGUGUUUGCAAGCCAUGGCCCUUGUUUAUGGACUACAUCAUAGUGAUAUUGGGGCUUUUAAUGAUACGCGCUACAUUGUUACCAUGUUGUCACGCACUUGUGAUAAAUUAGAGAGAGACAGAUUACUCCUUUUCCUAAAUAAGCUGAUUCUUGAGAAGGCCAAUGUCCGGGAGGUAGUUGAAGCUGGUGGAGUGCGCAUCCUCUCUGAUCUGCUAACUCUCGCCCAUCUUCAUGUCAGUCGUGCUGUGAUGCCCACCCAGUCAAAUGUAAUUGAAGCCUCCCCAGAUAUGGCCAGAGACACAGAGAAGGAAUGGUACUAUCAGGGCACGAACAAAGAGCGUGCUGGCCCCUUCAGCUUUAAGGAACUGAAGGACUUCUGGGCAGAUGGCACAGUCUCUUUGAAGACUCUAUGCUGGGCGCAAGGCAUGGACGGUUGGCAUCCACUAAAUAACAUUCCUCAGUUGAAGUGGUCGUUGGCUGCUACGGGUAAUGCAGUAAUGACAGAAAGUGACUUAGCCACCCUCAUCCUGAAUAUGCUCAUCACCAUGUGUAGAUACUUCCCUUCACGAACAGAGGAUGGAGCUGUGAUAAGACCUCUUCCACGUAUCAAGAACUUAUUGUCAACUCCUCUCUCCUUGCCACACAUUGUUCAGUUGCUUCUCACAUUUGAUCCAAUAUUAGUGGAGAAGGUGGCAACUCUCCUAGUAGAGAUUAUGCAAGACAAUCCUCAUCUGUCCACUAUUUAUACAACAGGAGUCUUCUUCUUCAUUCUUAUGUACAUGGGAUCCAACGUGUUGCCCAUUGGACGCUUUCUUCACAUGUCUCACAUGCAACAGGCUUUCAGAGCAGAAGAGAACUUGGGUGGUGAUAUUAUGCAGCAGAGCAUACUGGGUCAGAUCCUACCAGAGGCCAUGGUAUGCUACCUGGAAAACUAUGGUCCAGACAAGUUUGCUGAGAUAUUCCUAGGAGAAUUUGAUACACCAGAGGUAAUAUGGAGUAAUGAGAUGCGAAGACUAAUGAUUGAGAAGCUUGCAUCUCACCUGGCUGACUUCACUCCAAGAUUGAUGAGCAAUAAUCGGGCACUGUACCAAUACUGCUCCAUUCCACACAUCACUUACCCACAGCUUCAAUAUGAACUUUUCUGUGACAUUUAUUACUUGAAGCACCUGUGUGAUAUUGAGCGCUUCCCAGACUGGCCAAUUAAAGAUCCUGUUGCACUUCUGAAGCGAGUCUUAGCAGCCUGGAGAAGUGAAGUGGAAAAACAACCCUCAACUUUGAGUGUAGAAGAUGCCUACACAGAAUUAGGCCUAGAGCAAGAUACACGUCAUGAUGAUGCCAAAAUACGCAAAGCCUACUUUCGACUGGCUCAGAAGUACCAUCCAGACAAGAAUCCUGAUGGAAGGGAUAAAUUUGAACGUGUCAAUAGAGCUUACGAGUAUCUGUGUAGUAGAUCAGCACAUUCUGUGGAUGGCCCUGAUCCCAAAAAUAUUUUGUUAAUCAUUAGAACACAGAGCAUCCUCUUCUCAAGAUAUAAGGAUGUGUUGGCGCCUUACAAGUAUGCAGGCUACCCAAUGCUAAUCAAGACCAUCCAGUUAGAGGCUGAUGAUGAGCAGCUCUUCAGCAAAGAAACAUCCCUCCUAGCAGCAGCUGCAGAAUUGACUUACCACACCAUUAACUGUUCUGCUCUGAAUGCAGAGGAGCUGAGAAGAGAAAGGGGGUUAGAGGUGCUUCAAGGUGCAUACAACCGCUGUGUAAAUGUGCUAAAUGCUAGCAGCAAACCUGGUGAUGUUGCAGUACAAGUUUGUAUCAAUAUUGCACGUUGUUAUACAGCUGCCGCAUCUUUCCCCAUGUGUCGUGAGAAGCUCAUCGAAAUGUCUCACUUUAUCAAGGACCUAUGCCACACACUCUAUUUCAAGAACCUCCUUCGUGUCUGCUUGGUGGGUGUGGAGUGUGUGUCAGCUUUGGCAGUCGACCACAUACUUCAGAUGAACCUCCUCCAAGCAGGCAUCAUAUGGCACCUCCUCCUCUUCCUCUUCUCGUAUGACUACACCUUGGAUGAGGGAGGCGUGUCUAAAAGUGAAGAGUCAAACCAACAGGAGAUGAGUAAUCAGCUUGCAAAGUUAUCCCUCUGUGCUUGUGGUCGUUUGGCUGGCCUGUAUACCAAGGAGGAAGAAACGACCCCUUCCAACACAGUCAUUCAUGGGGUCCUGCAGAAGCUCCUAACACCCUAUGUUGUCUCUCUCAUACCUGCAAUGUCGUCAGAAGAGGUGUUGAAAAUCCUCACAAGUAAUGUGCAAACUCCAUACCUCAUCUGGGAUAAUGGAACACGCACGCAACUUAUUGACUUCCUAACUGAGAACCAGCAGGCACAUGUGCGCACUGGACAGUCUGACCCAGAAUAUGGGGCGGCAUUUGAGUUUGAUGCACACAAAGAUGAGCUCAUUAUUGGAGGAGUCUUCAUACGUGUAUAUAAUGAGCAACCAACAUUCCUUAUACAGAAACCCAAAGAACUCACUCUGGAGUUGCUUCAGUACAUUGGUGGAGAAACUCAGUAUGUCCACUCCCUCUUGUCAUUGUCUGCUGCAUCAGUGUCUCACCCAAGACUGGCACGAGUUGGGGAUGCGCUGCGAGCUCUGGUCAAUGUUAUUAAAAAUAAUCCAGGACGAGACAGAAUAACAUCACAUGAGGGGGAGCGGGAACCAGGUGUGGAGAUGCAGUGCAUUGGUCACUUCAAGCUACUGUUUUCCUUGUUACGCCUUGAAGGAUGUGUAUCUGUACAGCAGUGUGUGUUGGCUGUAGUGGAGGGUGUCACUGGCAAUGCUGAUUGCGUUAGUGAUAUUGCAGCAUCAGAGGUAUUGGUGUACCUGAUGUUGGCCUUACACUCACCUUCCCUCAUCCCAGACCGCAUGACAGCUCUCAACAUACUGCAUGCACUCAUGUCUAACACCAAGAUUGUGAAGGAAGCAUUAAACAAAGGAGCUGUCAUGUACCUCCUGAACAUAUUCUGCUCCUCGGACGAUUCAGAAGUGCGCGAAAAGACAGCAGAACUCAUGGGCAAGAUGACAUGUGAUAAGCUGGUGGGGCCUCGUGUGAGACUGAUUCUGAACAAGAUCCUUCCCUCUGCUCUGGUAGACCAGAUGAGGGACUCGCCAUCCACCGCGGUCCACAUGUACGAAGCGCAGCAUGAAAACCCAGAGCUAAUCUGGACUGACGACUCGAGGGUCAGGGUAACGGAGACUGUUUCAAGAUUAGUGGAAGAGAUUCACUUGCAACAAAAGGAGGAUCCAAAUGCUGUAUGGAAGUUUCCAGAGGAAGUCACAUUAUCCUCAACCUCAGGAGAGGUGGUGGUGGGUGGUGUAUACUUGCGGCUCUUGGUUGCAAAUCCUUCCUGGGUUUUGCGGAAGCCAAAGCAGUUUACAUCAGAUCUCUUUGAUACACUCUUGGAUCUUCUUGCAAAGGGAGGCAAUGAUGCUGAGACCCUUGAACUAGUUGUGAACACAGUGGUUUCAGUAUUAACUGCUCAGCGUAAUCUAUUGGAGUACCUGCCACAGUUGGGUCACAUUCCCAGGCUUGUGUCUCAUCUUUCCUCUAAAAAUCUGACAGUGGCUAGAGCUGCUACUCUUGCUACACAUCAGUUUACAAAUAAUCAGGUGUGUGGUAAUAUUCUCGAGGGCACUGAAGUUGUGGCGGGACUGGUGUCGGCCAUGAAGUUACGUCCUGACAUUGUGGGUGUGGCAUGUGAAGCCUUACACAAUCUUUUCUCAGGAAGUGGGUUAUCAGGAACAGCCCUUGUAGAACAGGGACUGCGUGCUAAUGUCAUACCUUUCCUCUUGUCUCUUCUUGAUGCUAAACUACAGGUCCAAAAUCCAGCAUCCACUAAAGCUCAGAUUGUUACUUGCCUCAAAACCAUGGCAGCCUCACCACAACAUUCUGAAGAGGUUGUGGCACUCCUAGAGAAAUCUCCAGUGUGGGCGCAGUACAGAGACCAAAAGCAUGACUUGUUCUUGGACUCAGCGCCAGUGGCUGGGUACUUGACAGCUGGCACGCCAGGUGUGGCUGGAUUCCUCACUCAGGGCAAUGCCAGGGUCAUGUCCUCCACACCCCCUUCGGUCAACAACACCCGUAGACAGCCGGAGCUACCUUGAAUAAAACUCAGCAUACCAAAUAGAAAUUUUUGAUUUUUUAUGUUAGGGUCUAGAUUUCAAAGAUCUUAUUUUCACAAGCAGCAUUGUCCAUGAAUGGAUAUUUAGAAAACUGACCUUCUUGACGCAAGUUACAAACUGCCAUAGAAUAUUUGUGCGGAAGCUUGCUUUGUCAUAUUGUUUUAAUACAGUGCUCAUCUGCAGUUUUUAAAUACUAGAUUUAUGGAUCUUCACAGCAAAAAUGUAAAGUGAAAUAAAAUAAGUUGAUAAAGCUAAACAGAAAAGAAUGUUAAAUGUAUUUUAGGAAUGGAAUAUUCUCUUUAUAACUAAUUUUACUCAGGUCUGUAAAAUGCCACCAAGUACUCUUAAUUUAGCAUUUUCUCUGUGAACUACUUUUUCAUUCAUGCUAGAAAUCCUUCUUGAUGUCCCAACACCAGAGUACAAUUAUUGCUGUUCACAGUCAUACACAUGCCAGACACGCAGACACACACAGGUAUGUAUUUAUGCAGGCAUACACACACACCUACACACACACACACACACACACACACACACACACACACACACACA